AUGACCCCGCCCCAUUCUCCCGCUUUCCAUCACCCCGCCCCAUUCUCCCGCUUUCCAGCACCCCGCCCCAUUCUCGCGCUUUCCAUCACCCCGCCCCAUUCUCCCGAUUUCCAGCACCCCGCCCCAUUCUCCCGCAUUCCAUCACCCCGCUCAAUUCUCCCGCCUUCCAUCACCUCGCCCCAUUCUCCCCACCCCGCCCCAUUCUCCCGCUUUCCAGCAGCCCGCCCCAUUCUCCUGCUUUCCAUCACCCCGCCCGAUUCUUCCGCUUUCGAUCUCCUCGCCCCAUUCUCCCGCUUUCCAUCACCCCGCCCCAUUCUCCCGCUUUCUUUCACCCCGCCCCAUUCUCCCUCUUUCCAUCACCCUCCCCCAUUCUCCCGCUUUCCAUCACCCCGUCCCAUUCUCCCGCUAUCCAUCAUCCCGUCCCAUUCUACCUCUUUCCAUAAGCCCUGCCCCGUUCUCCCUCAUUCCAUCACCCGGCCCCAUUCUCCCGCUUUCCAUCACCCCGUCCCAUUCUCCCGCUUUCGAUCACCCCACCCCAUUCUCCCGCUUUCCAUCACCCCACCCCAUUCUCCCGCUUUCCAUCACCCCACCCCAUUCUCCCGCUUUCCAUCACCCUGCCCCAUUCUCCCUCCUUCCAUCACCCCGCCCCAUUCUUCCUCCUUCCAUCACCCCGCCCCAUUCUCGCGCUUUCCAUCACCCCGCCCCAUUCGCCCGCUUUCCAUCACCCCGCCCCAUUCUCCCUACUUCCAUCACCUUGCACCAUUCUCCCGCAUUCCAUCACCCCGCCCCAUUCUCCCGCUUUCCAUCACCCCGCCCCAUUCUCCCUCCUUUUAUCACCUCGCCUCAUUCUCCCUCUUUCCAUCACCCCGCCCCAUUCUCCCGCUUUCCAUCAUCCUGCCCCAUUCUCCUGCUUUCCAUCACCCCGCCCCAUUCUCCCUCUUUCCAUCACCCUGCCCCAUUCUCCCUCUUUCCACCAUCCCGCCCCAUUCUCCCUCUUUCCAUCACCCCGCCACAUUCUCCCUCUUUCCAUCACCCCGCCCCAUUCUCCCUCUUUCCAUAACCUCGCCCCAUUCUCCCGCUUUCCAUCACCCCGCCCCAUUCUCCCGCUUUCCAUCGCGUUAUUCUUCCGCCGGGUCACCCCACAAACCUCUAGACGAGAAUUUACAGCUAGCAUCUAACACACCCGACACGUCCCCCCGGCCUUCACUGCGAAGACAGCACAUGGCGGGGGAGUACGGCCGCGAGCCGUGCCCGGAUCGCAUCCUCGAUGACGUAGGCGGCGCGUUCAGCAUGGGCGCGGUGGGCGGCGCCGCGUGGCAUUUCAUCCGCGGGGCGAAGAACUCUCCGCGCGGGGAGCGCCUCAUCGGCGGAACGCAGGCCGUGCGGAUCAACGCGCCGCGCAUCGGCGGAAGCUUCGCAGUGUGGGGCGGGCUGUUCUCAACGUUCGACUGCUCGCUAGUGUAUCUCCGCCAAAAGGAGGACCCCUGGAACUCCAUCGCCGCGGGUUUCCUCACCGGCGGCUUCCUCCAGUUGCGCGCGGGGCCGCGAUCCGCGCUGCAGUCCGCCGUGUUCGGCGGAGUGCUGCUGGGGCUGAUCGAGGGCGCGGGGAUCAUGCUCAACCGCAUGACUUCCGCGCUUCCGCCUCCCCCGCGCGACGAGCCUCCCCCCGCGCAGAUCGAGCAGCCCAUGAGCAUGCCGGUGGUUGUCCAACCCGCCGCUCUUCCCGCUGCCGCCGCCCCUACCCUGUCUACCCAACCUGAGCUAGUCAGCCCCGGCGCUGGUGGCGCUGUGACGUUGCCGAACGUAGAACUCAGCUCUGGAUCUGGCUCGGCGGCGGUACAGACCGGUCCGGUAGCGUCAGAAGGUGGCACUUCGUCAGGCUGGGGAGGGUGGUUCUCUUGGGGGGGUGCAGGCGGGGACAAGGGCGCUCAAGGUGGAAGCAGCAGCAGCAGCAGCAGCAGUGGCGGGGUGAGUGGAGGGGAGAAGCAUGAUGUGUUCGCUGCUAAUCCGCCACCUAAAGCGCCAGAGUUUGCUGCUGGAGGGGAUGAUUCGUGGUUGAGACAGAAGUGA